CAGCUUGGGACCUGGUGGCUGUGGGCUCCUGGGGAGCCACUGGGGAGGGAGGUGGCAGCCACGUCACCUCUGAGAGGACACCUGCGGACAUAAAUAGGCAGUCAGCGAAGGCAGAGCAGCAGAGCCCACGGAGAGCACUGCUCGCUGUGCCACCUGCACCAGGAUGCCCGACACCGUGCUGCCCGUGUGCUUCCUUGGCCUGCUGGCCCUCACCUCCGCGUGCUACUUCCAGAACUGCCCAAGGGGCGGCAAGAGGGCCAUGUCUGACCUGGAGCUGAGACAGUGCCUCCCCUGCGGCCCCGGGGGCAAAGGGCGCUGCUUCGGGCCCAGCAUCUGCUGCGCCGACGAGCUGGGCUGCUUCGUGGGCACGGCCGAGGCGCUGCGCUGCCAGGAGGAGACCUACCUGCCGUCGCCCUGCCAGUCGGGCCAGAGGCCGUGCGGGAGCGGGGGCCGCUGCGCCGCGGCCGGCAUCUGCUGCGACGACGAGAGCUGCGGGACCGCGUCCGAGUGCCGGGAGGGCGCGGGCUUUCGGCGUCGCGUCCGCGCCAGCGACCUGAGCAACGCGACGCAGCUGGACGGGCCGAGCGAGGCCUUGCUUCUGCGGCUGGUGCAGCUGGCGGGGGCGCCCGAGCCCGCCGAGCCCGCCAAAUCCCGCGUCUACUGAGCCGCCGGGGGCCGCCCCCGCCCCGGGCGCUGACGCCCGCCCUGCCCUGGCAGCAAGAACAAUAAAGCCUU